AUGGCUAGAACCAAACAAACAGCAAGAAAAUCCACUGGUGGUAAAGCACCAAGAAAACAAUUAGCUUCCAAGGCUGCUAGAAAGUCUGCUCCAUCUACCGGUGGUGUCAAGAAGCCUCACAGAUAUAAGCCAGGUACCGUCGCUCUAAGAGAAAUCAGAAGAUUCCAAAAAUCUACUGAACUUUUGAUUAGAAAGCUACCUUUCCAAAGAUUAGUUAGAGAAAUCGCUCAAGAUUUCAAGACUGAUCUAAGAUUCCAAUCUUCUGCUAUCGGUGCCCUACAAGAAUCCGUCGAAGCUUACCUAGUUUCUCUAUUUGAAGACACUAACUUGGCUGCUAUUCAUGCCAAGAGAGUCACUAUUCAAAAGAAGGAUAUUAAACUAGCUAGAAGACUAAGAGGUGAAAGAUCUUAA